UCUGCGCGCUCGUACACACGUGUACCAGAUCUUUACGUCAGUCAGCCAAAGUGUUCGUACCCCUUAGAGACUAUUAAAUUAAUUUUUGUGCAAGUCGAACUGUGCCGUGUUCCAAGAGUGCAUCGUGUGAUUGAAGUUUCGCGCCUCAUCCCCUGUCGAUAUCUCCGGGGUUACUCGUCUAUGCUACCGUUGAAGUCUCCAAAAGUUUAUGGAUUAUUUUUCACAAUAUAAUACGAUAUUUUCAAGCAAAUUUCUGCGGCAACAGUAAACCUUCAUCAGGACUGUAUUUACGAUGUUAUAUAUACCAAUAAACAGAGCCAUAAAACUGCGGUUUGGAUUAAUGUAAAAGGUUAAUUUCACUUUUGACACUUAAAUUGGGUGCAUAAAGUUCACUUGCAAUUGGCUGGGACCUUCAUAAGAUUUAAGUGUUACGAAGAGCUGUUGAAAAGUUGACCAAAAACAACAAGUUUACUCUUACUGUACUUAAAAGUGAAACAGUUUGCUUACAGGUGUUCUUAAAGCGCUGAAGAAUCUUAAAGGCGUGGUGUAUAAUUCGUGACUAUAGAUACAUAUUCUACUACAGGCCUUAUCUAGCCAAUACUGUUUAGCAAUUUACAACAUUCUGCAUCUGGAAAAUAAACUCAGUGUAAGAUAAAAAAUAAACUGUGUUCAUACGGAGUUUGUUAUGGCACCAUUAAAAGACAAGGAACGCUUUUGUGUUAGUUUUUAAAAAUCUAAGGCUUUGGGAAGAUCGAAGAAAAGACGUUUUUGUGAUUUUCCGGAGACUGCAAUAAAAAUAAGAUCAACCAUUCAGACUUCCCAUGAGUGUGGUCGACACGGGCCUAUCCUGGCUCCGCUACUUACCUCCUCUACCUCUAACUCUUCCACUUACAAUGCGUGAAAAAGACUCUUCCCCUCGCAAGAUGCUGGUGGCUUCCGGAGGCCACAGUUCACCAAAGCAAGCCGCCGUCUAUCCCCUCUCCAUCAGGGUGCCUCCUGGUGAUGAGAUGCCCUUCGACCUAUCCCGUAACACCAGGUCGCCAGGCCCACAUAUGUCCCCAGCGGGUCGACCUCCCCCAGGUCCCCAAGACGGCGACGACCAACCCCUAGAUCUAAGAGUAGAGCACAAGAAAUUAUCAUUGAUGAUUAUGAGGAGACAAGUGGAAGACGAAAACAGGAAUCUUAUAUCGCCUACGCCUAGUGUUAGUAGUGACAAAGACGAUGUGAUAGUGGAAGAUAGAAACAGUCCGGUUCAAAACAGUAGUACCAACAGUAACAAUAAUAACAACAAUAACUUACCAAAAACGUUUAGUCCGCAGUUGCCUGGUUAUCCAGGAAUGUUGUUUCCUCCUCAACCUAUCCACCCGAUGAUGUUGGAAGCUAUGUACCGUGCUCAAAAGGGAGAAAACCUGCCGCGGUUACCCUUGCCUUACCCUAAUUCACCUCCAAGUUAUCCUCAAAGAUACCCCUUCCUUAGCCCCUCGAUGUUAAGCCCACCAGUGAACCAGGUGCCUUUUGAUAUGUUACGGAACCCACCUACCCCACAAACACCUAAAGUAUACGACCCAGCGGGAGGGAAAAUCAAGGAUCGUUACGCUUGUAAAUUCUGCGGUAAAGUUUUCCCAAGGUCUGCCAACCUCACUAGACAUCUAAGGACUCACACUGGCGAACAACCUUACAAAUGUAGAUACUGUGAGAGAUCUUUUAGUAUAUCCAGCAAUCUUCAAAGACACGUUAGGAACAUUCACAAUAAAGAAAAACCAUUCAAAUGUCCUUUGUGUGAGAGAUGUUUCGGGCAACAAACCAAUCUGGAUAGACAUCUGAAGAAACACGAAGCUGAUGGUCCAACGAUCUUGGACGAGAGAAACUUGCAAAGGAGGAACUUAACAACCAGGAAUUUAAGUGAGGAGUCUUACUUUGAAGAAAUUAGAUCAUUUAUGGGAAAAGUUACAGACGGCAGACUGUUGCAACACUUGCAACCUCCAAAGCAACUACCAAACUUCCCCAUACCUCUUCCUAAGCUAUUCGACCCUGCUAAGUCAGGCCAAGAUAAACCUGUAUCUCCUGAAGACGCAAAAAGGGACUCAUCCUAUUUUUCGGACAAAGACAAUUAUUCUUCAAGGUCUUCUACUAGCUCCGAGACUUCUAACAAGGAGGAAGACAACGACUGCAAGGUAAAAAGUACUGAGGAAAUGAUGAAGCAGGAAAACGAAGAUAUUAGUAAUAAUAAUAAUAACAAUACUUGAUUCAGGUAACAAAUUGUGAUAUAUGGAAAUGUGACUUAGAUCUUAAGAUGGUUACGAAUUUUUAUCAAUGUGAUUAGAAGGAAAUUAUUUCAAAAUUGGCUGUUCUAAAAACUCUACAUUGAAAAGUAACUUGGCUAAUGAUAAAUUGAUAACAUAGAUUAAGAUCAUUUUUAAAUGAAAUUCAAGUGUCAAGGAGAAGCCAGGUUCACUUACUAAAGAGGCUCAUUUGACUUUAAUAAAUGAUUAAUGAGAAAUGUCCUCAUUUCUAAGAAUACAAUUCCUUUAAAAAGUUUCCUGGUUGCGCUUCUGGGUAAGCUGAAGUUAGAUCUGAAGUAACAACUUGAUUUAAUUUUCGCUGAUCUGAUUUCGUUUAAAACUUUGAUAAUGCGUACUAAAAUGUGAAGGGAUCAGGAGACAUUAAUAGCAGAAAAAAGAGAGAAUUUAAUAUGUCUUCAUAUUUAUUACAAUUUUCUAUUAUUUUUUAAGUUCAGGUACUACAAAGAGAGAACCUCUAUGAAAGAAAUCAGUCACUGUAAAAUAAAGUGGAAGAAUUAUUUAAUUAUAUUUAUGUAUCAAGUUGGCCGGCUAAAACUGAGUUUGAUAGAUUGUUUCAAGCCAAUAAUGAUGGUAAUAUUAUUUCAUACUCCGGAUAUGUUUAAUUGUGCAGAAGCCUAUACGUCUUAAGCCCUUUUCCGUGUUUUAAAUCAUUUAACAUUGAUUAAAUUCAAUAUUUAGGUGUGUUAUUCCAACAUAUCCAGCGGUGUUACCGAAGAACAUUGCCUAUAUACGGAAACAUGAACUUUAGAUAGAUAUUAAUUUUUUCAAUGCAUUCAAUGUGUUGUAAUAUCCUUUAUUCACUUAAGCGUUUCGCAAAAUGAUUCGGAAGAGAGUGGCCUGACCAGCUUGAUUGAAUUUAUUCUACUAACGCAAGUACAGUUCAACUCACACCAAAGGACAAUAACAGGAUAUUAGAAAAAAACUAUUUACAAUAAAGUUUUAAUUUGCAAUUGUUUCUCGUGAAAAGUUACUUUCCCUUUAAACUUCUUCUGUCACAAUUUCACUUCAUUGUUAGGAGAUUGUAGGAAAAAAAAACGUUGACAAAACACGUAGUUGUCGCCAAGACUAAACAGAUCACUUUGAUGACUGAAGUGUGAAAUAUAUGUACCAGUUUUUUUUCUAAGGCUGAAUAGAAAUGGACAGUGAUCUCGACCGACUAGCAAGUCACGUACAUUUUUAUUUGUAACAGCCAAUUUGCUGGUAGAGUGCCAAUCCCAAUCUACUGUAUUGAACGAACUGGGCGAUACCUUCUUUUAAUUAAUUUUUUUGUCUUCAUCUCAGUUUACUAUUUCCUGUUGGUUUAUAGCGCUCGCGCUCCUCUAGAAAAAUGCAUGCUCGCCUCAAAAUAAAAAAGGCUUAUUCAAUUCCAAUACCAUCGAAGAAAGUGGCCUCACCGACCGUAUAAUAAUUGGAAAGUGAUUUUUAUUAGACGAUAUAAAUCGGAAAAAAGCGGAGCAUUCGACGAGCUAAUAUACGAUUUACUUUAAUAUAUUCCGUUCGAAGUAAUUUGUAGACCGUUGUCACAUUUAAUCGGAUUCAUUUAAGGAUAAUUAGACGUUGGACGUACAAUUCCGUAAGUAAUUAACCACUCAGACUUAGAGCUCUAUUUGUUCAACUUUAUAUGGGCAUAUUCUACUUCUUUCGUUGAGCCUCACUUCCUUGACUGAGGCGGAUUGGAAAAAAUUCGAGUGCAGGUAAUGCAGAAGCGUAUUAUUCCGUGUUUGGUGUCUUGGGAAGCUUAUAAGUUCUCCAAGUGGCAUUAUUGCUUCAAACUGUAACACAAUAACCUGAAAUUAAUCAGAACCUAGAUAUAAUUUUAAAAACUGAAUGAACAAAUAAACUGAACAAUUUAGGCAUAUUAAUUUUUCUAUUUUCAAUGAAUAAAGAAACAAUUUGUUAUCACCUAAUUUCUUCCAGACUGUUUAUCUACCAUCUUUCAUCUUCAUUCACUAAAUAUAGCUGUAUUAAUAUCCUAUUAACUAACAACAAACAAGAUUACUAAAAAUUAUAUUUCAUCUAGGUUUUCCUUUAUUACGGCAAAAAGAUUUUAUAAAUUAUGGCUAUUUAGUUCAAUAAGCUCAAACUUUCAAUUAAGUUAUAUCUUUUUUACUGUAACAUCAAAAGUACACUCACUAAUCUUCUCAGAAUUUUAUCGGAUUUUGGAGUGUAAAAAAUGGUAGUCAAUUACUGGAUAUGGGGAAACCUUGUAAAAUUAUCGUCACAAUUCCAUACA